GUCGCGUUUGCAUCGAUCUAUAUAUAUGUAUAUAUAAUUAAAUAUAAAUGCAUAUAUUUUAAAUAUUGUGCAGCUCUCGAUAUAUACGAUAAACAGUGUAUCAAAAGUUUUUAUCAACUAAAACUAAAAUAAAUACCUAUAUAUAUAGAAAAUACAGUAUAUCAUAAUGAAUCGCAGUUUUCCUUCAACUUUGUACGGCGCCUUUUUUCUGCUGCUCGUCGCGCCAGCGUGUCUUGGAGAUCUGAUGUGCUAUGUUUGCGAUAAUUGUGAGAAUGUGGACAAGAAUACGCCUCUAUUGGCCUGCAAUGAGGAAUUCUUCAAUCAUCAAGGCAGCACCGAAGCCUCCACCGUAACGACAACCGAAAUGGAGACGUCUAAAGAUACGCAAAGUACCGCAACAGAAUCUGAAUCGACACCGGCCUCCACCAGCGAUCUGGAGACCAGCACCACUGCUGUAGAAACCACUACCGAACCAGGCACUACCGAGACGACCGCUAGCACAGAUAUGCCCAUCCCGACGCCUGCUACAGUGGGCCCGCCAGAGACUACCACCGGUGUGCCUACACCCCCAGAAGAGACUGGAAUGCAUAGGCUAGAGAUAUCGACUCAAUUUUCGGACGCUACUGACUUGGAAAACUCCACAGAUCUGUACAUCCGCCAGCGUAGAGCUCUGAUUGAUACAGACAUUAGCUAUCACUGCUACAAGGUGGAGAAGACAGUCAACAAUGUGAAGCAAGUGGAUCGCGGUUGCUCACGUGUCAAGCCAGAGCAAUCGGUUUGCCAGGAGCUUCAGCUGCAAAACGUCGGCGUUCAGUUGUCGCAUUGUGAUCCGUGCACCAUGAAUGCCUGCAAUGCUGCAACAUCCACGGUGCAUGCCUCCAUCCUGGCGACAGUGGCUGUGGCACUAACUGCAGUUGUGCUACAGCUUAAAUCGGAACCAACUACAGUUGAAACCAGCGAAGCUUCCACAACGCCCGACACAUCAGAAUCUACGGGAUCCUCAGCAUCCAGUUCAUCGGAACCAACUACAGUUGAAACCAGCGAAGCUUCCACAACGAUCGACACAUCAGAAUCUACCGGAUCCUCAGCAUCCAGUUCAUCGGAACCAACUACAGUUGAAACCAGCGAAGCUUCCACAACGAUCGACACAUCAGAAUCUACCGGAUCCUCAGCAUCCAGUUCAUCGGAGGCAGCUACGGAUUCCUCAACAAGCCCUGAAUCCACAACGAUAAAUGAAGAGUCCACAACGAUUGCUCCAAAUGGAAAGCAAGCAGCCUUUGCAGCCGGGGCUCGAUCCGGCCGUGCGCGUCGCUCAUUGGCGGCCCGGGCAGCCGAUCAGCUGAUUCGCAACUAUCGGUCCCUUGAGCCAUACGCAAGAGCCGUUGAAUAUCGUACGGCGGCCUGCUACAGCAUCGAGAAAGAUGGCGGUAAGUGGAGCCAAAGUUGUAGUAACUGCGAGCGGGGGUUAACGACUACCAAGUGCUCUAUAGCUUGCGUAUUCGAUUUCCUUUCUAAUCGAGUUUCUUUUCUCCUCUAUUCAGUGCUUAAUCGCGGCUGCGUUCGCAUACCAGUUGGCCAGAGUGGCUGCCAAGCGGUGCGCGAGAAAGUUGGCUUGCCGGAGGACGCAGUGGGAGAUCUGUGCGACGUGUGCCAGAUGGAUCGCUGCAAUGGCAGUGGCAGUCUACGGAUGUCCUUGGCAGCACUGCUGCUGCUUGUGGGCAUUGGGCUGAAGAGCCUCUUCUAGGGCUUACGUUAAUUUUAUAAUAUAC